GACUGGGGCAUUGAUUUUUGAGACUGCAAGCACGUGGAAUUUGGGGUGGGAAACAAGUGCAUCAUGCCAGUCCUGGAUGACCAGCUGCCUGGUCCUUAUAAAAGAAGUCUCCGUCACAGUGCUGUCAUUGUCAUGACGGUCAUGGGUCUUCUUUGGAGCCUCUGGUGAGCACAACUCUUAGAGGUAAUUUUGUAUUAGAAAGUGGUGAAGGAGAAACGAACCAAAAAGACUGAAGAUCUGAGGGCAAGAGAUACUGAAAAAGAAGUGUGAAGAAGCUCUAAAAAAAACACAAAGUCUGUAUCAGGAACCAAGAAGAGUUCUUAAUGAUGAGACUGUUGUUGGCGCAGCUAAAUGUUCUACCAAUCGGACUCUCCGUUGUGAAGAAUGUUGUCUGUGUGUAUUUCAGAUUCCUUGAGACCCAGGAAGGAUGUCCCACUACCAGCAUCCGCCUCCGAAUCAACAUCUGCCUCCGAAGCCACAGCCGCAUCCGCAGCCACAUCCGCAGCCGCAGCCGCAUCCGCAGCCAAAGCCGCAGCCGCUUCCGCAGCCGCAUCCGCCUCCGCCUCCGCAGCCGCAUCCGCAUCCGCCUCCGCACCCGCAUCCGGAGCCGAAGCCGCAUCCGCAGCCACAUCCGCAUCCGCAUCCGCAGCCACAUCCGCAGCCGCAGCCGCAUCCACCUCCGCCUCCGCAGCCGCAUCCGCCUCCGCCUCCGCCUCCGCAUCCGGAGCCGAAGCCGCAUCCGCAGCCACAUCCGCAUCCGCAUCCGCAGCCACAUCCGCAGCCGCAGCCGCAUCCGCCUCCGCAGCCGCAGCCGCAUCCGCAUCCGCCUCCGCAUCCGCAUCCGGAGCCGAAGCCACAUCCGCAGCCACAUCCGCAUCCGCAGCCGCAUCCGCGGCCAAAGCCGCAGCCGCUUCCGCAGCCGCAGCCGCAGCCGAAGCCACAGCCCAAGCCACAGCCGCAGCCACAGCCGAAGCCGCAGCCGAAGCCACAUCCACAUCAGCAUUAGCAUCACCAUCAGUGCAAGGAGCCCUGUCAUCCACCUCCAAUAGUGUGCCCACUGAAGUGCCAUGAGCCUUGCCCACCUCAUCCAUGCCCACCUCAUCCAUGCCCACCUCCAGUGAGCCAGCAGAAAUGCUCUCCUGGACCACCAUGCCCACCAUGCGAGCACAAGUGUCCACCCAAGUGGAAGUACAGCACCAGAUUUCAUCUGGACCAAGAAACAAGAUCCAGGCUCUUCCAUUGUCCUCGCUUUGGCCAUGGUGAUGGACUGCAUCUUCCUUAACCUCCCCCCUAACCGACAGCUGACAGAGGAAAGGCUUGCUUCCUGAAGCUGACACCACAUUGUUGAAAAGAAGAGCAGUAGAAUCAUCGCUGAUCUCUCUGUGCUAUGUGCCCGUCUGUAAUCCACGUUGUGAUCUCUACCCAAUGAGCAAUUAAUGUGCCUAUUUCUUUGCUUCUCCAAUAAAGCAUAUUCAUAGUCUAUUAUGUAUUU